AUGUACGCACAGCCGCCUAAUCUCUUGAAGAGUGACCAGGGGGUCACACCUAACCUCUUGAAGAGUGACCAGGGGGUCACAUCACAACACAACGUUUACCUCGAGGACGUCCUUCAACAUUUUCCGACUUUAUUUGCCGACGAUUUGGGAACUUGUAGCAAUUUCAAAGUGAAGUUUAAUAUUGCCAGAGACGCUCGUCCAGUCCAGUCAAAAUGUAGACAGAUCCCGUAUGCGAUAGAAGCUCUACUCGCCGAAGAAUUGAAACGGCUCGAAUUCCUUGGCAUCAUUGAAUCGGUAGCAACUUCAAACUGGACAUCGCCAAUCGUCAUCGCAAAGAAGCAGAAUGGCAAGAUACGCCUAUGUGGGGACUACUCGACAGGUGUCAACAGCGUUUUAAUCAGCAACAGCCACCCCCUGCCUACUGUUGAUAACAUCAAUGCAAAACUUAACGGAAAUCGUUAUUUCAGCGUACUGGAUCUUAGUGACGCAUUUUUCCAGCUCGAAAUUGACAAAGAUCACCGUGAGAUCACUACUAUAGUAACACCAUUUGGACUUUACAGGUAUACUCGAGAACCGUUCGGCCUCAAAACAGCACCGACUGAUUUUCAACAAGCUAUGGACAACACACUCGAGGGUCUCGAAAGAGUGUCUGCAUAUUUUGAUGACGUCAUAGUCAGAGGCCGUACUCGCAAAGAGCAUGACGAACGUCUGUUCAAAACUCUCCAACGCCUGCAAGAUAGAGGAUGGAGACUCAGAGCCGAAAAAUGUCGCUUUGGCCUGGAAGAAAUCAAAUACCUAGGCUCAAUC